UUAAGGUGAACUUGAACUGUGCUGCUGCCACACGGCUCGCUGUGUGUGUGUGUGUGUGUGUGUGUGUGUGUGUGUGACUGUGUGUGACUGUGUGUGUGUGUGUGUGUUUGUUUGUGUUAGUCAGUGAUGUGUGUUGCCUGGGAUGAGUGUCUAUGACGAGGACGUGGACCUGCAGAGCUGGGGCUGGACUGACCUCUCCAGCUACUCCUCGUCAGUGUCGGACUCAGAGAAGGAGCAGCAGAAUCUCCUCCCGGGGAUCAUGUCCAGACGCAGCCUGCGACUGGAUGACGGCCUGUUGGACCGCAGUCUGCCUCACAGCAGCUCCUCCUUCAGUGUGGGAGGGACCAGCUGGAGGAGCACCAGGUUGUUAAAGUCUCGUCGCUCUCAGCAGCACUCUGUCUCCUGCUCAGAGUCUCUCCUGCUCAACACUCCUCGUAAAGCGACCAGCCAGCCGCUGCUCAACAGCAGCCUCCACAGCGUGGCCUCUGACGCCUCCCUGCUCUCCUCCCUGCUGGACGACUCCUCCGUACAGGAGGCCACGCUGGUCGACAACUUCUGGGGUUUGGAUCAUGACCUUGAUCCCAAAGAGAGCACCAUCAUCGCAGAGCAGAGCACCAUCCUGGCAGACCGCACUCUGAUUGGUUCAGAUGGCCGCUGUCCCAAACACCCGGUCCAGACACUCAGCAGGGUUUACUGUAAAGACUGUGAGCUACACUCAGACAGGAAGGAGUCCACAUACUGCUCCUCCUCCUCAAGGCCAGCACCCUCAGAACCUGCAGAGACGGAAACUUCCACCAUCUACUGCAGAGACCGGAGCCGCAGGAGCAGGACAGCAGGAGUGCUGGUGUCCGUGUGGGACUGUGUGGUGUCCCUGCUCACUGUGCUCUCUCAUCAGCUGAUGCUGCAGAAACACCACGAUGUGACAGAUGUGCUGCAGCUGUGGUGCGACUCCUCUCUGCUGUGUGUGAGGAGAGCUGCAGCGUGCUGUGUGUCUGCGCUGACACACACCUGGCAGGUGUUUCAGAGGCUGGUCAGCACACAGACUGGUUACACACGUGGAGCUCAGUCCAGUCUCUGUGGAGUCAUGAACCUGAAGGAGUCCGCCUCGUGCCAGAAGGAGCUUCACCCCAACGGAUCUCUGUGUGACGACUGUCAGGAGAAACAACGCUCAGAGACGCACACUGCCCCCUCCUCUUCAUCUUCGUGGUCCUCAGUGGCUUCCUGUUUGUUGGGGCUGAUGUGGAGUGCUGCUGUGUUCACAGCUUCGUGGCUCUGUCAGCUGACUCACAGUGCAGCUUCAGCAGUUUGGCCUCUGACCAAGAAAAUGUUUUCAGCUUCAGGGAGUGCCCGACGCUCUGCAGGUAAGACAGCGGGUGAUGUGUACAGGUGGCUGAACACACGAUGGCGUCACAUGACCACUGGCUUCCUCCUGACGCGGUUUCCUCUCCGACUCCUCCUGGUCCUCCUCCCUCUGCUGCUGCUCCUCUUCAGUCUGUGUUGGUUCGGUCCCACUGGUCUGCAGUCUGUCCUUCCUGCUGUCAACAUCACAGAGUGGACGACGCUGGUCUCUGAUGUCCCUGGUCUGUCCUCCAUGCACAGCUUGGUGUCCCCACAGGGCCAAUCAGCAGAGGGCACUGUGGAGGAGUCGAGGGAGGUUCAGCCCUACGUGGAGGAGCCGCUCUACAGUCGACCUCCUGCAGCGGCAGGAGAGGAGGAUGAGUCGGCGCGGCUUGUUCGUCUGGAGCAGAGUCUGAUGGCGCUGUGGGAGCAUGUGGAGGCUGGAGGUCAGCGGGCGGAGCAGAGACACAUGGAGGUCGUCCGGCUGUACUCCGACCUGCAGCAGCAGCAGCUGGUCUCCGAUCAGAGCAACAGAGAGGCUGUGGAGCCCUGGAUGAGCGGCCUGCUGGACCAGCAGCUGGACCAGAUCAGGACACGACUGGACGAGGAGAGACGGCACAGGGAACAGUCUCGACAGCAGGAUUUAUUGCAGCGGCAGAGUCAAGAGUCUCGUCUGGAUCAGCUGGAGCUGCAGCUGCAGACACUGGCUGCCAGAGCAGAGGAAGUGCAGCGGAGAGAAGCUGCUACGACAGUCUCACCCUCACGGACAACACUUCCUGUUGCUGUCAGUGGUGGUGUGGACCGUCAGUCCCAUGAUGCCUUGCUGGCAGAGGUUACGCGGUUGGAGGCGGCUCUGGAGGACGUGAGGCGGGAUGUUGAGGGUCUGUCUGGGUGUCAGGACGGCUGCAGACUACAUGACAGUAUCCAGCAGACGAUUUCAGAGCAGGUCUCUGCUCAAGUCCGUGAGGAGGUUCGGGUCCUGCUAUAUGGCAACCAGCUGAUGGCAGGGGGCGGCACAUCUGCAGACGCUGGCCUUCCAGAGUCGCUCCUCCAGUGGCUGUCUCAGCAGUACGUCAGCGGGGCCGACCUGCAGGCAUCACUGGCCUCUCUGGAGCUCAGCAUCCUGCAGAACAUCAGCCUGCAGCUGGAGCAGCAUCGCAGUGAGGAGUCAGUCAGAGAGGCCGUCCUGCACGCCACCGAGGCUGCGGGGGCCCUUGUGACUCAGGAGGACGUGCAUGUAAUCGUGAAGAACGCUCUGCGCCUGUUUUCUCAGGACCAGACCGGCCUGGCGGACUACGCUCUGGAGUCUGGAGGGGGCAGCAUCCUGAGCACUCGCUGCUCGGAGACGUACGAGACGAAGGCCGCUCUGCUCAGUCUGUUCGGAUUUCCUCUGUGGUAUUUCUCUCAGUCUCCUCGAGCUGUGAUCCAGCCAGACGUCCAUCCAGGAAACUGCUGGGCCUUCAGAGGCUCCACGGGCUUCCUGGUGAUCCGCCUCUCCAUGACGAUCCUCCCCACCGCCUUCUCCCUAGAGCACAUCCCCAAAACCCUGGCACCCAGCGGGGCUCUGCACAGCGCGCCCCGAGACUUCAGCGUCUACGGUCUGGAUGAUGAGAGUCAGGAGAGGGGGAAGCUGCUGGGCACCUACACCUACGACGAGGAUGGAGAAGCUCUGCAGACCUACGCCGUCACUGAGGAGAAUGACCAACUCUUCCAGAUCAUCGAGGUCAAAGUGUUGUCCAACUGGGGGCACCAGGAGUACACCUGCAUGUACCGCUUCAGAGUGCACGGGACACCAGCAGACGCCUGAGGACGCUGCAGACACUCAGUCCCAUUAUUUAAUACACAAAGAGUUUGGAGAGAUGGCAGAGACACAUUGACUUGUUGUUUUUCACACAGUCACCUCCCAGCUAACUCGCUGCUAACUGUGCCUGAGACUCCACAGUGACUGUAAACUCAAUGAGACGCUCACUUCCUUCGUCCCCUCCAGGCCAAACGUGAUCUCUGAGUGUCGUCAGUUUCCUGUGGAAAGAGGACACACUCACAGCUUCUGUGUGAUGUAUAUUUUUUUCUGUCAAUGGUUAAUAUUUUUAUAUAAGUGUUUUGAGUUUUUGUUGUGUUAAAGGUCCUUCAUGUUUUAGACCGUUUUUCUUUUAUCUGUCACAUUAUUUAAAUGCAUUAGUGCAGAUGUGAGCAGGUAGUGAAGUCCGUCUUAAUACGUUACUCAGAUGGCCUCGUGUAUGUGUUCUGUUGUGGAUGCUGUAAUUGUUUUUCCUGUCUUUACUGGUGGUGGAAGGGAUCCCCUUCUCAAGCUUUGAUUUUAAGCUUCACCUGUGAGAUAGAUGAAUGGGGAAUCUUCCAAAGUCUCUGUUUCCACAUUUAUUGUUUCCUUGCUGAGCCAAGUUUGAUGAACAGUAACACAAAGACAGAAUUUCCAUCUGAAUUUGGAGGAACUCUGAACCUUUGAAGUCAUUUUCAGGCAGGAGGAGGAGGAUGGUGGAUUUUUAUCCCCCAUCAUUUCCACUGAAGCAGUCUGAGGAGCGGAUGAACGGGACGAACAGUUACCACCACAAAACUUCCAAAUCUACAUACUUGCAUGGGAGUUUUGUCUUGGUUUGUUAUAUGUGAACCUGUCUUUUUAAUGUCUGUUGCGUUCAAGUACACUGCAACAUUUGAAGUUGAAUUUAAUGCCGUGUCUUUGAAUGCACCACCAGGCAGGGUUUUCAUAAUGACUCCUGCUCAGAGCUGGAGUACUGAAUGAUAAUGAUACAGCCUUUACAAAAAAAGGACAAAUUAUUCACUGCUCUGAUGAGAAGUUAAAAAGGGAAGUAAAAAAAAAUUACUACUCAAACUAAAUUCAAAUAUUUUUGCACUAAUUGGCUCACCUGCGCUGAAGCCUCACUGACUUAAUGAAAGGUAAUUGGUUUUUUUGUUUUUUUUAUGAAAGACUUGUAAAAUGUGUUGGGACCACUUUAUUUUUACAUAAUACAUAUUUUUGUGCUUUUGUAUGUGAUUUCAAGCUGGAUGUAAUAAAGAUGUGAAAUUUGAAGUUUUUAUUAAA